AUGUCGUCGGCGGCCACGAAGCUCGCCAACGCGGCCGACGCUACCUCGGCGGAGGCCCAAACCCUCGUCCUGGACAUGCGCAAGGCGCUCAGCUCCAUGAAGUCCCUCGCCGUGGAGUACGAGAGGGCCGGCAAGCCCGACAAGGUGAAGCAGCUGGAGGACGCGGUGCAGGAGCUGGUGGCCUCGUACGAGGACUGCGCGUACCUCGCCGAGGCGGUGAAGAAGGUGCCCGUGGCGUACCAGCCGUCUGACCAGGCGACUGAUUUCAGAAAGCUCAUCGAGUGGGAGGUUGAGAAGGUCAAGGGGGCCUCGCGAUCGUCGGGACACAAGGAUCAGCUCAUACGGCAGUUCAAACAGGCUGUUUGGGAGGUUCACCAUGCAGGUCAACCGAUGCCUGGUGACGAACAAGAGGAACUUGUUAUGACCAGCACCCAGAACAGCAUCCUAAAUAUGCAUUGCCCAUUAACCUUGAAGCCUAUCAUUGAGUUGGAAAAUCCAGUUCGCUGCAUGGAUUGCAGGCACAUAUAUGACAAGGAUCCAAUAAUGAGCCACAUCCGGAGGAGCAAAGCUCCGAAUUGCCCCGUUGCAGGCUGCCCGGCGGUGCUACAAGUGGCGAGGAUCUUCUGCGACACCUUCCUGCGUAUGGAAAUCGAGGAGCUACGCUCGUCGAGGCCGUCCGCUCCGAACACCACGGAGGUAGAGGAUAUCUCGGACCAAGGGGAGGACGAGGCAGAGGACCUGAUGGACGAUGACGAGGACGAGUGA